AGGACGGGAGAGAGAGAGAGAAGAAGCUCAACCCAAUCCCCUCCUCUCCCCCAAUUCCGCCGCCGCCCCCUGCUCGGAUCCUCCCCCACCCCCGCCGCCGGCGAGAAGGGCCCGUAGGCGCGGGCUCGUCUCCUUGCUGAUCCCGACUCCGCGCGCACGGCCGGUGACUCGACUGCCUCGUCUCGGUUCGAAUCGAGCUGGGAGAUAUUGAGGAGCACUUGGACUGAAGAACUCAAUUUUGGAGCACUUGGAUUAGCAUUGGCCACCCUGCUGGACUCACUGACUGUUAAAACGGCUCUGGUUUAAGGAGUUGUUUCUCUUGUGGUCAUUCUUUGGAUUAUGGGAGCUCUUUGUUCAUGUUUGCAAGCUGAUUAUUCCGACCACCAUGGGCAUCAUGCUUCACCGGCAUUAGGGGGAUGCAUGUGCCUCAGAUGUUUUACUCAGCAGCUCAUCAAUGCGUACACUGUUUUAUUCCGAGCUGGGACAGUGCACGCAGUUUCUCAGUCUAUAGAAGCCACUCCUGUUGAUUCAUCUGAAAGUUCAUUUGACACAUAUCGUUCACCCCCAAGACCACUUCCAUAUGAUGAUCCUAGAUUCUCCCCUCCUCAGCGUGAUUGGUUAGUGUCAAGGCAUGGACCUUCAUGCCAUUCCCCAGAGGAAUCAGAACCACUGAGGGCAAAUGAUGACGAGGAAAUGGAAACACCAAGUUCAACACAUAAGUCAAGUAAAACAAACUAUGACACAAAAAUGAAAAGAAGCAGCUCUACUCAUGGAGAGAAGCUGCCAACAAAGGAACCUGGAAAUUAUUUCACAUACUUUUCCCCAUCCGCUGAAGAUGAAGAUGUCUGCCCAACUUGUCUUGAAGAUUAUACUUCUGAGAAUCCUAGGAUAGUAAUGCAGUGCUCACAUCAUUUCCACCUUGGCUGUAUUUAUGAGUGGAUGGAAAGAAGUGAAGCAUGCCCUGUUUGUGGAAAGAAAAUGGAGUUUGACGAGACAACAUAAUUGUCAGACUGGCCUGUAUUUCUUGGAUUAACAACCCUCAUGGCAAUCUGAAAGUACAGGUGGUCUAGGCCACCAAAUACUCUGUACAUACACCUUGUAAGUAUUGAAUCAGUAGUGUGAUCCUCAUCGCCUCUGAUAUUCUUGAAAUGUUGGAAGGGCGCACAAAAACAUUCUUUUCUAUUUCUUUGAAAUAGUCAGUAGGGGAAGUUUGCUUCCCCAUGGUUUCUUUGUGUGCCUGCGUUGCUAUGUCUCGGAGGCGCCUUUGAUUGUCCGGUGAUAGUGCCACCUGAAAAAGCUGUAAAUUGAUGAUGGCCUGUGUUGAUAUAAUCAUAUGAAGUUCGAUGAUUAUGGGGAAUCCUCUUUUCUCGCAA